CUUUACACCCCCCUCCCACUAAGCCUGAAAUGGUACAACCCAAACAUGGCUGCCUCCAUCCUGCAACGCUUUCUCCUAUCUGUCAGGACUACGUCGAAAUAUGUGACUUCCAGCUUAAGUGGCAGAAGAUGUCUGCUCUCAGCGGCUUACACAGACACCAGAGUGUGGGAGCAAAGACAACACGACCCCCAAAACCUAGCUACACUGGCCUCUCUUAUGGACAAGACUUAUGAGAAAAAGCUUCCGGUUAGCUCUUUGACGAUAUCACGGUUUGUAGACAAUAUAUCUUCUAGAGAGGAAGUUGAUCAAGCAGAAUAUUACUUGUAUAAGUUUCGACACAGUCCGAACUGCUGGUAUAUCCGUGACUGGACCAUUCAUAGCUGGUUUCGACAGUGUGUUAAAUAUGGAGCCAGAGACAGAGCCCUGUACACACUCAAGAAUAAGGUACAAUUUGGAAUUUUUCCAGAUGAGUUCACAUUUAAUAUCCUGAUUGACUCUUACCUAAAAGAUGAAGAAUACAAGGAAGCCUCCUCAGUUGUUGUGGAGGUGAUGCUUCAGGAAGCUUUUGACCUCCCCACGACACAGAUCUUAUCCCUGUUUGCACUGAGCAAGUAUUUAGCAACCAAGCCGGACUUUAGCUGGCAGGAGGAGAGGAACAUAGGAGCAGCUCUUCUGCUGGCUGGACUGAAGCAGGAAAAUUCUGUUGGCUUUAGUGCUCAGUUACUUGGUCAUGCACUCAUUGGUAAGGUGGAGAUGGUCAGAGGAAUCCAUGCAGUGUUUCACAACAUGCCCUUGAUGUGGACCCCUGGUUAUCUCGGUAAAGGCCUGGUUGUUAUGGAGCGAGUGUGCAGUGAUGCUGGAGAUUUGAAACUAUGCAAGGAAAUUCUUGACUACAUGCAGAUGAUUCUGCAGGAACUUGAGGCAACACUUGCUUCUGAAGCAGCAGAACAGGAAGCUGCAGAAAACCAGACUAUUACCAUAGAUGAGGAAGAUGAGCUUGAACGAGCCAAACUACCACAGUACAUGGCUAGGUUCAAGGAGCUAAACGAGCAGCUACACACACAGGGGAAAGUUGAGAUGCGCAGUCUAGAUACACUUGUGUCCAUCCUGGCUGAAGAGAAACUGAAGACCUGUGAGGAGCUAGAUGUGGCUCAGUAUGAGAAGAACAUGCAGGCCUGGGAAGCAGAGCGGAUACAACUUGUCCAGAGGGAGGAAGUGAUGCGAAGAAAAGCAGAAGAGGAACAUUUGGCCACAAAAACAGCCCAGGCAGUUCAGUAACACUCUCAGUCUGGGAGGAGAGAAGAGAUAUUGUUAUUUCAUGUUUAUUUUAAAUAGCCACAACAUUAAAAUAGUUUUCUGUUGGUUUUUUUCCACACUCUGUCAAAGUCUAAACAAUAAUAAAUAAACCAGAAUUUAUUAACUAUUA